AUGGAGAAAGUACCUGGGAUUGAAGAAUCUUCUGAGUCACCAGCUUUAUCUCCACCACCUCCUGAUUUGCCUCCCAAUAUGGAAACAGAACAAACAGCUCAUGCAAAUUAUUCUAUUAUCAGUAGGCAGGGGGUUGGAAGCACAGGAAUACGCAAACCAUUGCUUGCAAAUCUCUUCAAAGUUUCUGUUAAUGCCCCAGAUGCAAUAUUUUUCCAGUAUAGUGUUACUAUUGCUUCUGAAGAUAAAAGAGCCAUUGAAAGCAAGGGCAUUGGGAGAAAACUGAUUGAUAAGCUUUACCAAACAUACUCUUCUGAACUUGGUGGCAAAAGGUAUGCUUAUGAUGGAGAUAGAACUUUGUACACAGUGGGUCCUCUGCCAUCUAAUAAGUUUGAGUUCGAAGUAUUGCUUGAGGAAUCAUUUGCAAAGCAUAGUGCUGAGAAUCCUGGUGCUAAUGGAAGCCCUCGUAAGGAAACUAAAAGGUCAAAACAUUCUUUUCAGUCAAAGAUAUUCAUGGUGGAAAUAAGUUUUGCUGCUAAAAUACCCCUGCAGUCCAUUGCUCUUGCCCUCAAAGGGGUUGAGUCAAAUACUAAUUCUCAGGAUGCCUUGAGAGUACUUGAUAUCGUACUGAGGCAGCAAGCAGCUAACAGAGGGUGUCUCUUGGUAAGGCAAUCUUUUUUUCAUGAUGACUUGAGGAAUUUCACCGAUGUUGGAGGUGGAGUAACAGGAGUUCAGGGUUUUCAUUCCAGUUUUCGUCCCACACAGGGAGGAUUGUCUCUCAAUAUGGAUGUGUCCACUACGAUUAUCUUAAAACCUGGACCUGUAAUUGAUUUUCUCCUAUCCAACCAGAAUGUGAAGGAAGCCCGUUAUAUAGACUGGGCAAAGGCCAAAAAAAUGCUAAAAAAUUUAAGGGUGCGGGCAACACAUCGUAACCAGGAAUUUAAAAUUUCUGGCUUGAGUGAGAAGCCCUGCAUUCAGCAACUUUUUAGUAUGAAGGUGAGAAAUGUUGACAACAAUAAUGGAGUGGAGACAGUGGAUAUUACUGUGUAUGAGUAUUUUGCAAAACACUGUGGCAUCCAGCUGAACUCUUCUGCUUAUCUUCCAUGUCUUGAUGUUGGGAAACCAAAACGGCCUAACUAUCUACCCCUGGAGCUAUCUUCACUUGUUUCCCUCCAGCGGUAUACAAAGGCAUUAUCUCCAACGCAAAGAGCAUCUUUAGUAGAAAAAUCACGCCAAAAGCCUCAAGAAAGAAUUAAAAUUCUGAUGAAUGCUGUAGGAAAUUAUUGCAACCAUGAUGAUCCUAUUCUUGCUGCAUGUGGCAUUUCUAUUGAGAAACAAUUGACUCAGGUUGAAGGUCGAGUUCUUGAGGCACCAAAGUUGAUGGUUGGUAAGAAUGAAGACUGCCUCCCCUAUAGCGGAAGGUGGAACUUUAAUAAAAAGACACUUCUUAAACCAUCACAUAUUAAUGUCUGGGCUGUUGUCAACUUUUCUGCUCGUUGGGAUACUAGUUACAUAUCAAGGGAGCUGAUUAAAUGUGGAAUGAGCAAGGGCAUAAACAUUGGACGACCAUACUCGUUAAUAGAGGAAGAAUCGACUUACAGAAAAUCUAACCCUAUUGCAAGGGUUGAAAAAAUGUUUGAGCUGCUUAAAUCAAGGCUUAACAAAGAACCAGAGCUUAUUCUCUGUGUCCUGCCAGAGAGGAAGCACUGUGACAUUUAUGGGCCCUGGAAAAAGAAGUGUCUGAGUGAAUUUGGUGUUGUCACACAGUGCAUCGCCCCUCUCAAGAUCACUGAUCAAUACCUUACUAAUGUACUUCUUAAAAUCAAUUCUAAGCUUGGAGGAAUAAAUUCUUUGCUGAAAAUGGAGCAUUCUGGGCAUCUUCCCCCGAUUAAAGAUGUUGCAACAAUGAUUUUGGGGAUGGAUGUCUCUCACGGUUCCCCUGGUCGGUCAGAUAUUCCAUCAAUAGCAGCGGUUGUUGGAUCUCGAUGUUGGCCACUGAUUUCAAGGUAUAGAGCAUCCGUGAGAACACAGUCAUCUAAAGUGGAGAUGAUUGAUGCUCUAUACAAGCCUUUGGAUAAUGGAAAUGAUGAUGGUAUUAUCAGAGAAUUGCUUCUAGAUUUCUAUGAUUCAAGUAAUGGAUGCAAACCAGAUCAAAUUAUUGUCUUCAGGGAUGGAGUUAGUGAAUCGCAAUUUGAACAGGUUUUGAAUAUUGAGCUUAACCAGAUAAUAAAGGCCUAUCAACAUCUUGGGGAGGUUAAUGUUCCCAAGUUCACUGUAAUUGUGGCACAGAAGAAUCAUCAUACGAAGCUGUUUCUAGAUAAUGAUAUGAAAAAUGUUCCUCCAGGGACGGUCGUUGACACAAAAAUUGUGCAUCCAAGAAAUUAUGAUUUCUACAUGUGUUCUCAUGCAGGGAUCAUUGGAACAUCUAGGCCUGUGCAUUAUCAUGUGUUGCUUGAUGAGAUUGGUUUCUCCGCAGAUGGCUUGCAAAAUAUGAUCCAUUCGUUAUGUUAUGUGAACCAAAGGAGCACAACUGCAACCUCAAUUGUGGCACCUAUUUGCUAUGCUCACCUUGCUGCAGCUCAAAUGGGGCAAUUUUUGAAUUUUGAUGAUUUAUCAGAAACAUCUUCAAGUCUUACUUCAGAGGGAAACGUUCCCAUACCAGAGCUUCCAAGGUUGCCUAAGAGUGUCAGGAGUAGCAUGUUCUUCUGUUGAGGUGUAGAAUGGUGACAGCUUCUAGUAAAUACGUUUGGAUUGGUAAAUAAAAGUGUAAAUAUCUAUUGGCUGUACAGCUAGCUAGGAUACAUGCAAAAUAGACCAACUCCAAAUUUUGUUACUGAUAUGAUUUGUCAUUAUGGGGCAUCAAUCAUUUUGGGGUUGAGCUUGUUUCAA